AACUGUUCUCGUAGGCAUGGGGGAAAGCAGCAGGGGUCUGAUAUAUGCAGAUGAUUCAGCCUGAAAGUGUUCAGUAGAUACUUGGCUGUUGUUCAGAAGACAUCUGAGUUCAGUAGCAGUAGUGGCAGCAGUGGCGGAGGAACAGCAGACGGAUCACCUGCGUUUUCAGCCUGCAUCACACUUAACAGGUGGUGAGAAAUGUCUCAGAAGAAGAUAUUCCUGGUUCUGGUGGCAAUUACUACUGUCAGCUUCCUGUUGCAUCAUGGGGGUCACCUCAGCUGGACUAUGGAAGCAUUCCGACUGGGCUGCUCGUCCAUGCGCUUCUCUUUCUCUACAGACGGUGGCAGUCCUCGCCACAAGCACACCAGUGUGGUUUUCCUGAAGACGCACAAGACGGCCAGCACCACAGUGCAGAACAUCCUCUUCCGCUUUGCAGAGCGCAACAACCUGACUGUGGCACUGCCCGUCACGGCAUGCGACCACCAGUUCUGCUACCCACGCCUAUUCAGCAGCCAUUUUGUUCACCCGCACACCACACCACCGGACAUCAUCACCAACCACUUGCGCUUCAGCCGUUCCGAAGUGCGGCGCCUCAUGCCCAACGAUACUGUCUACAUCACCAUCCUGCGAGAGCCAGGUGCCAUGUUCGAGUCACUGUUCAGCUACUAUAAUCAGUACUGCCAGAGCUUCAAGCGUGUCCCCAAUGGCUCCCUGGAGGCUUUUCUGGACGAGCCCUGGUCCUACUACCGUCCGGAAGAGAAGGACGCCAUGUAUGCAAGGAACACACUGACCUUUGACUUAGGCGGUGACAAGGAUCGGCCUUCGGCAGAUGCCAAAAUGUAUGCAAAGCGGUUCGCAGCAGAAGUGGAGCGGACCUUCUCGCUAGUCAUGAUUGCAGAAUAUUUCGAUGAAUCGCUAGUCUUGCUACGACGUCUGUUGUCAUGGGAUUUAGAAGAUGUGCUUUAUGUCAAACUUAACAUGCGCACUGCUUCCUCGAAGAGCAGCCUUUCCAAUGAACUGAGGGCCAAAAUACGCUCAUGGAAUGCCAUUGACGCUGUGCUCUACGACCACUUCAAUGCCUCACUGUGGCGACAACUUAACGCAAUUGGCCUAGCAUGCGUGGCUAGAGAAGUGCAGCUCCUGAGGCGCGCACGGGACCAGCUGGUACGCAGCUGCUUUGGCGGUCGACUGCCUCAGCUGCGUUCAGCUGCUCAGAUCACCAACAAGGAUCUGCGGCCCUGGCAGCCCAGCUCCAAAGUGGCUAUUGUUGGUUACGAUCUGCCUGCUAACAUUUCUAAUAAAAGCUCAGGCCUUCCUCAGGACAUGUGCCUGAAGCUCAUUAUGCCUGAAGUGCAAUACACGCGGCUAUUGCUGCGUUCAGAAUCGCUGCGUUACCGGAAUAGGUUUCCGUUACGUUCCUCCCAACAGACUCUAAAACGGUCAGGGCAACGACGGGAAAUCUCUGCCCUGAGCUCUACCCAGCGACCUUCAGGUGCACUAGGUAGAACCACCAGAGGAACUCUACGCUUCACCCAGCAGCCCAUCAAUUAGUCCCAUCAAUCUGCUCUUUUUCUUCUUGUAAACCAGACUUGCAGGAAGAGAUUUGUAAAGGACAGGAAGCUGUGGACAAUGCCUGCC